AUGACUUGCACAUGUCUGCAAUGCUUGCGAUUGCAACACUAUAACACAGCUUUGCCCCACAUCAGGCAACUGUGGAAAGCCCACCUGACAGAUAAGGAGAUUGUUUCCAAAAUCUGCAAACAUAUCGAUACGAGUGUCUAUGACAUUCCCAUGAUCACUCAAAGUGAUCCAGGUACCGAAAACUUCGGAAUUGCGAACACACAAACUCUACUGCGGCAGAUGCAUGAUCCAGCUCUUGAGGGCUACAUUCAGCACUGGUGGAUGCAUACAAAGAAGAAUAUCAAGCCAGAGAUAGCCUGGUCCCAGCUCCGCUGCCAUUUCUCCCCAGGUUUUGAAUCUCUACUUGAUAUGGGUGUAGAUUCUGGCUGGUAUGACCCCAACAACAUGCUACAGCUCAUGGUUUUUCAAUGGGUAUUCAUCCCUUGGCUCCAAUGUUGCAACAAAAGAAAGGUUUUGCCUCAUGGAAUCCCGGAACUCAUCUAUACAUGCCUAGAGGACUAUGGGGCGUUGAAUUUCAAAAUAAUGGUUUCUCCAGACACCAUUGAACAAGUCCCUUCUGUUGGACGCACCUCCACAUGGACUGUCUACUGCAAUAUCCUGGACCUAAUGUGGCACUGUGAGGGAGUGCCUGCCAUUCUGACAGCAAUGGAAGACCAUCUUGAUGCAGCUUCCGAGGAAUUGAAUCUCCUGCCAGGCCUCCAUGCUCUCCACAAAGUGGAGGGUUAUAUGGGUGGCAUUGCAAAUGGACUGGGCCUUCGCCAGCCAUCUACAGACAAUGGAUGCUCUGAACAUUGA